AUUUAGAUAGAGAUAGAAGUGGAACUCGAACCCAGAUCUAGAUUGCAAAGCAAUGUGGCGAAAUAAUUGCGAUUCAGAUGUUUCGAUUCCAGAUACGGAAGGAAAGAGACCGCGCUGUGAAAGCUCUUAUGAAAGGCAGUGUCGAGGCGGAAGUGGGUGGUCUGUGGGUUCAGAUCAACGCAGGUAUGAGGAGGUACAUUCUCCAUCAGAAGAAGAGAUAUGGUUGUCUGAAGAUGUGUCGAAUGAAGUAUUGUUGGGCGGGAAGGGGACCGAAGGGCAUCCAUGUGAGUCCGACAUUCCAAUAAUCUCAGGUUGUGAUCUACAAGAGUUUGAACGCGUAGUUGCCCGCAUACCGAACUACAGGAUUGUUGAAAUCGAAGAGAUGGGUUUCGGACCGGUUCACAUAGUGAGAGGUAUUAAGCUGAACGUUGAACUAUGCAAAAUGUUAUUGUCAAAUUUUGACGUUAAGAAUUCGACGGUUAAGAUACAUGGGCGCAACCUUUCCAUCAAUGCCAAGGACGUGAAACGCAUGAUGGGACUGCGGUGUAGGGGCACCGAAGUGGAUAUGAACUGCUCAAGUGAUGAUGAGGUUUUAUCUGAUUUGAAGAGAAGGAUGUGCGGCGAUGAUACUGAUAUAUCUUUGAAGAAAUUGAGGGGUAUGGUUUUGUCCACUUAUGACGACGAAGAGUUGUGGAAGGUUUGUUUUGCGCUUUAUGCCCUUGCCACUGUGUUCUGUCCCUCAAGACCAGGUUAUGUAGAUCGUAGAUUGAUGGUGCCAUUGAAGAAUCCAGGUCUGAUUAGGACCCAUAACUGGGCAGGAUUUGUAUUUUCAAAGUUGGUUGAGGGAGUGAGUGCGUAUCAGAGUGGUGAACCAAUUCACGUAGGUGGUUGUUUGAUUUUCCUGCAGCUUUUCUACCUCAGUGUACUUGGUGAGAGAACGUUGGUUAUUCCCACAAUUUGUCUACCUGUUUUGUCCUGGGGCCAAAAUGAGUGUGAGAGAAUGUACUAGAGGAUAGAAGAAGCUGGUGGAUUUUAUGUGACUGAGGGUGUUUGGGUGAGCCGCAGACACUGUGGAGGCAGAUCGUGUGAGUAUUCCGGUUCUGUGGAUUACAGUACUGGUUUGAAAACUAAUGUUGUUGAUGACAUGGGCGAAUUGAAGUCCGAGAUGGGGAAUGUGCAAACUGCAGUUGGAAGUUUGGAAACAAUUUUGUACGAUGUACUUCCAGAAAUUGUUAAAAUGGCCGACUUCUUGAAAUCCAUGAGGAGCACUGUUUGUAAUUUGAGGACAGAGGAAGGGAUGAGUGAUCUAGUAAGGAAAGUGAAGAAUGUCGUUGUCGAGAAGCAAAAUGGUGCCAGUACUGGGCGAUUUAAAAGUCCAGUUGAUGAGUCUGCCGACAUAGGCGCUGCUGACGGGCACCGAGGUCGGGAGAAAGUGCGUCAACAGAAGAGGUGUAGAGAAGAAUUUUCGAGGUCUGGUUAUGGGAAAGUGACGGCGGAGCACAUUAAACUCCCGGGAAUCAGAUUGAUUAGCGGUAUAAACGAUCUUUCACCCAAAACCAGGGAGCUGCUGGCGUACCUAUUCGGCAGAAAAGGGCGUGGAGCUGAGGCUUCAGCCAGGUAUGUCUAUUAAUUGUGAGAGUGUCUAGCUGUGUGGUUGAUUUGAUGAAA